UACUGUGGAAGUUUUAGUCAGAGCACCGCAGUCAUGUAGUGUGUGGUAGAAGACCGCUCGCGCCAAGGGCUUUCUGAGCAGCAGCCUUGGAGGACUGGCGCGCAUGGAUAUAUGCUGGAUCUCUGGGAUUUGAUUGGCCCCUCUAACUCGAUCCGACUGCUCGCCUUGCUGCUGAUGGUGUUGGAAUUGUCCAGGCCCUCCCUACCGUCCCCACUGAAGCCCAUCUGUGACCUUAGGGUCCUCAACCACUUCAUCAAGGAGGCACGAGACGCUGAAGCUGCUAUGAAAGUGUGUCGAGAAGGAUGUCUUCUGUCCGAGUCUGUCACUGUUCCUCAAACCAGAGUUGACUUUGAAGUCUGGGAAAAUAAAAAUGCAUCAGAGCAGGCCCUGGAGGUGCAGUCGGGAUUAUGGUUGUUGCAGCAGGCCUUGAAUCUACUGCGUGCAUCUGUCACUAACACACAGUUGCACAGCUACAUCGACUCUUGUAUCAACAACCUGCUGAGCCUCAGCGGCGUGCUGGGGACCCUCAACCUGCAGGAAUAUAGUCCGCCUACAAGUACCACAGGACUUGAGGGAACAUGGAUAGUUUCAUCACCAACAGAACUGCUACAAGUUCACUUGAACUUUUUGCGUGGCAAGGUGCGCCUGCUAUUGCUCAGCGCACAGGCGUGUCAACAACAUGAUGUCAGCUGAUCGUUCCCUGGUCACACAGAUGCUCUUGUGCAUUUAAAGCACUGCACUGUAGACAUGCUAGGUCAAGCUAGCACAAGGACCUCUAAUGGUCAGUUGAAGAGAGCGCUCCCUGGUGGACUUGACGUUUGUGGAUAUGAGGCAGAAACAGGCCUUGGAAACCCUGCUCUGAGCUCUUCAUCUAGCACUCCUUUGCACUUUUAUUGUGGAUGGCCUGAGGUUAUGUGGGGGAUCACUGCUAUGUACAGUGUAGACUUACAUUUCGGCUACUGCUGCCUCACCUCAUGUGCCUGAACAUUUAGCCACGCCUCAUGUGUAAGUCUUAGUUUGUUCUAAUGUUUAAUAUUUGUACUACUAUUUAUAUGAAGCUGCUUAUUGAGAGUGGUAUAUUUGUAUUGUCUUCGAGGUUGUGGAUGUUUAACUGUGGGCUGUAACUAUUAUUUAUUAUCUAAUAUAAUGGCUGCCGUUUUUGAGCAGAGUGAAUGUACCUGUAUGACAGCUCAUGUUUGAGAGUACGAGGGGGCAGAGAGGACAUGUUUGUGUCUUUAUCUGCCACUACAGCAGCGCCAUGCUGACUGUCACUGCUGCUGGCCUUCACACUAAAUAUCCUGAGAGCUCCUGAUUGCACAAAGCUUCCCAUCAUCUGAUGUCAGCACUGUUUCCCUUUCCCACUUGUGAGUCCUGAAACUAGAGGUUCUCAGACAGUCCUGGGGCCAUACUGCUGUGAGGCUUCCGCUCUGUUUGUUUGCUUUUUGGAGCCUGUAGGCUUGCCAUGCGUGAAAAGCAAGCAGUAGUUUGAUAUGUUUGGCUUUGUUAU